GUUGCCGGUUGUCGUGAAGAAACUACAGUGUUGUUAUUUUAUUGUUAAUAUUAUAUUAAAAACUUUAAUUAAAAAUGAAAAAACUAUUAUCGCGAUUUGUUCCAAAUCUUAAAGUUUAUUUAAUUUGCCUUUAAACUAUCGAGUUGAUCGUCAUUUACAAAUUUAUUGCUUUUACUGGUUUUAUUGACAUUUUGCCGUAUAUUUUUCCGUGUGCAGAAAUAACAUCAAGAGACGAAAUAUUUAUUAAUUUCUCAACGUCAAAUUGCCGAGAGUGAGUUAUUUUUCGAGUGGAAAGCUGAAAAAUGUCGGCAAAAGCAAUUCAAGAAGCGACCGGUAAAGAUUUAAUAAAUCGCAAACUCACUCCCGGAACAAAGGCAGCAAAAUGUCAAUUUGUCACUAUAACGGAAAAUACAAAUUGGCCACAUGUUAUCGCUGAAAAUCCCUGGCUUAAAACGGAAAAACUUGUCGUUAAACCCGAUCAAUUAAUUAAGAGACGAGGAAAAUUGGGAUUGAUUAAAGUUAAUGCCGAUCUUCCAACUGUUCAAAAAUGGAUCGCCGAACGAAUGAAUAAGGACCAAUUAGUUGGCAAGGCAACUGGAAAACUCAAGACAUUUAUUAUCGAACCAUUUGUACCUCAUAAGCAGGAGGAAGAGGCGUAUGUAUGCAUUUAUUCAAGUCGCAACGGCGAUACAAUUCUAUUUCACCACGAAGGUGGCGUUGAUAUUGGCGAUGUUGAUGCAAAAGCUUUAAAACUUGAAGUUCCAGUUGGAGCUGAAGUGCCAGAUCAAAAAACUUUAAUUGAUCGCCUUUUAAUAAAUGUUACCGAUGACAAGAAAACAGUAAUCGCAGAAUUUGUUUCGUCGCUCUAUAAACUUUAUGUUGAUUUAUAUUUCACAUAUUUGGAAAUAAAUCCAUUGGUCGUGACUGAUGAUGCAAUUUAUAUUUUGGAUUUGGCCGCAAAAUUAGAUACGACAGCGGAUUUUAUUUGUAAACCAAAAUGGGGUGAAAUUAGUUAUCCACCGCCAUUUGGUCGUGACGCUUAUCCUGAGGAGGCCUAUAUUGCCGAUCUUGAUUCCAAAUCGGGAGCAAGUUUAAAAUUAACUAUUUUAAAUCCAAAUGGUCGUAUUUGGACGAUGGUCGCUGGUGGAGGAGCCUCUGUUAUCUAUUCGGACACAAUUUGUGAUCUCGGCGGUGCCUCGGAAUUGGCGAAUUAUGGUGAAUAUUCAGGUGCGCCGAGUGAACAGCAAACUUAUGAAUAUGCAAAAACAAUUCUUAGCUUAAUGACGAAGGAAAAACAUCCUGACGGUAAAGUUCUUAUUAUUGGCGGUGGUAUUGCAAAUUUUACAAAUGUUGCCGCAACAUUUAAGGGAAUUGUUAAGGCACUACAAGAAUUUCAGCCAAAACUCGUUGAAUUUAAUAUCAAAAUAUUUGUGAGACGAGCCGGUCCUAAUUAUCAAGAGGGCUUAAGAAUUAUUCGCGAAGUUGGUAAACGAUUAGCAAUACCGGUACAUGUAUUUGGACCUGAAACACAUAUGACUGCGAUUUGUGCAAUGGCACUUGGUACAAAACCAAUACCCGAUCCAGAGGCACAAGAAUUUUCAACGGCAAAUUUUCUUCUACCAUCGGGUCAGGAUGUUGGACCUAGUGGACAAGCAAAAUCACCAUUAACAUCGCAAUCAUCAUCAUCAUCAUCAUCGUCCUCGUCCACAACGUCAACAACACCAAAAACAAAGAGAACAAUUUCUAAUGAUUUACCCGCGGGAAAACAACUUUUCACCAAUAAAACACGUUCAAUUAUAUGGGGCAUGCAAAAUCGUGCUGUUCAAGGUAUGCUUGAUUUUGAUUUUGUUUGCCGACGCGCAGAACCAUCGGUAGCCGCUAUUGUUUAUCCAUUUGUUGGCGAUCAUAAGCAAAAAUUCUACUGGGGACACAAAGAGGUCCUAAUUCCAGUUUAUAAGCAUAUGAAGGAUGCAAUAAAUAAACAUCCUGACGCCGAUGUUAUGGUGACAUUUGCGUCAUUAAGAUCGGCCUAUGACAGUACAAUGGAGGCACUUGCAUUCCCACAAAUUCGUACUAUUGCCAUUAUUGCCGAGGGUAUACCCGAGAAUAUGACGAGAAAAUUAAUUCUUGAGGCGCAUAAGAAAAAUGUCACGAUCAUUGGACCAGCGACAGUUGGUGGUGUCAAGCCUGGUUGUUUCAAAAUUGGCAACACCGGUGGAAUGAUGGACAAUAUUCUACACAGUAAAUUGUACAGACCUGGCAGCGUCGCUUAUGUGUCACGUUCCGGUGGUAUGUCAAAUGAAUUAAAUAACAUUAUCUCAAAGGCAUCAAAUGGCGUGCAAGAGGGAGUGGCAAUUGGUGGUGAUCGUUAUCCGGGAACAAAUUUCAUGGAUCAUAUUAUGCGCUAUGAAAUGAAUCCCGAUGCAAAAUUAAUUGUUCUCCUUGGUGAAGUUGGUGGUAUUGAGGAGUAUGAGGUGUGCGAGGCAAUGAAGUCGAAAAAAAUUACCAAACCUUUGAUUGCAUGGUGUAUUGGCACAUGUGCAAGUAUGUUUAAUUCAGAAGUACAAUUUGGUCAUGCUGGUUCAAUUGCAAAUAGUAAUAUGGAAACGGCUGUCGCUAAAAAUGCCGCACUCAAGGAGGCAGGCGCCUAUGUACCUGAUAGUUUUGAUAAUCUCGGCGAUGUCAUUCAUUCGGUUUAUCAAGAACUCGUUGAAGCCGGAACUAUUGUUCCUGAACCUGAAAUGCCACCACCUACCGUACCAAUGGACUACAGUUGGGCAAGGGAAUUGGGUUUAAUUCGAAAACCAGCAUCAUUCAUGACAUCAAUUUGUGACGAGCGUGGUCAAGAUUUACUUUACGCAGGAAUGCCCGUCACAGAGGUUUUAAAGCAAAAUGUCGGCAUUGGCGGUGUUGUCUCUUUGCUUUGGUUCCAACGUUGUUUGCCACCAGUUUAUUGUAAAUUUUUGGAAAUGUCACUUAUGCUAACUGCUGAUCAUGGACCUGCAGUUUCAGGCGCACACAAUACAAUUGUUUGCGCGCGUGCCGGUAAAGAUCUCGUCAGUUCCGUUGUUUCUGGAUUACUUACCAUUGGUGAUCGAUUUGGUGGUGCAUUGGACGGUGCAGCGCGUAUGUACUCAGAGGCCUAUGACGCAGGACUACAUCCUCAAGAUUUUGUAAAUGAAACAAGAAAAAAGGGAAAAUUAAUUAUGGGCAUUGGUCAUCGUAUUAAGUCAAUUAAUAAUCCAGAUAUGCGAGUAAAAUUAAUUAAGGAAUAUGUAUUGGCAAAUUUCACUGCAACGCCAUUAGUGAAUUAUGCAUUGGAAAUUGAGAAAAUAACAACGAGUAAAAAGCCAAAUUUAAUUCUCAAUGUCGAUGGAAUGAUUGCUAGUGCAUUUGUUGAUAUGUUAAGACACAGUGGUUCAUUUACUUCGGAAGAGGCGCAGGAAUAUAUUGAAAUUGGAGCAAUCAACAGUUUAUUUGUUCUUGGCAGAAGCAUUGGUUUCAUUGGACACUAUAUGGAUCAGAAAAGGCUGAAACAGGGACUCUACCGCCAUCCUUGGGAUGAUAUUUCCUACGUCCUGCCAGAACAAUAUAAUUAAGAGUCUUUUUUUUGUAUAAAGGAAAAAAAUUGUUUUUUUUUUAAUUUUAAAAAUGAAAAGAAAAAAAAUGACAUAACCGUGAAGGUAAAAAUAUGAAGCAUAAAUGGAAGAAUGGGAAAAAUUAGGUUUUGUUUUUCCCUUUUCUUCGUUUAAAAUGUAAAGUGUCCCCUCGCCCCCCACCCCUCGUCCAUCUAUUAAUUUAAUGAAUUUUUGCAAAAAAUUGUGCAUUAUCCGCGCAACAAAUGUAUUGAUAAUACGGCUCUAAAGUAUUCAUAUUCCAAGCUCUAUAUUUGCACAGAAACAUUCCACAUCGUUGCAUUUCUUCUUCUUUUUAAUCUCUCUUUUCUUUUUUUAAAAAAAGUUUUUUAUUAAUAAAAGAAUUUUUUUUCAAGUUAAAAAGAAAGAAUUGUUUUUAUUUAAAAAAAAAAUACUUUCUUCUUUUUUAAAAAUUUUUUUUAAAUAAAAAAAAAAUUUUUUAAUUAAAGAUAAGAGAGAAAGAGAGAAAAUUGCAUCUGCCCUGAUAAAUGUAAAUAGAUAAAUAAGCACAAAAAUAAACAAUUAACUAAAAAGAAUAUUUAAAGAAUAAAAAAAAAACGUUUUUGCACCGAUUCUCUUUUUUUAAUCGUUUUUUAUAUAGGAAAAAAAAUGUUUUUUCACACACUUUAGAUAAGAAUUUUAGAGAAUAAAGUCGAAGACGACGCCUUUUUGCACAAGAUAAGAAAAAAGUAUAUAUAUAAAUAUAGAUAUAAAUAAAUAUAAAUAAAAGAAUAUAAAUAUAUUUAAUGAAAAAAUAGACAAUUUAUUCAGUGAAAAAUUAAAUAUUAUAAAUAGUGAAAGUUAUGAAAACGAUAAAAGAAUUAAUUGUUGAAAAAAAGAGAAUCAAGAAUAAAUAUAUUUUAGAAUCAAGAACAAUAAUAUUUAGAUUUCAUGUUUUUUUAUAUUGAUUAUAUAUAUUUUACGUACUGAGAUAUUUUCUAUUCUUUUUUUUUUGUUUUGUUUAAUUUUCAUUUAAAGAUUUUUACAGUUUUCGACUUUAACGCACUUAAAAGGUUACUUGACGCAAAUUGUAAUUAAUAAUUAAUAAUGUGUUAUAUUGUAAUAAAAAUAGUAAUUAAUUAGGUAACAAUAAAACAAACUGGUAGUUGUUAAGUUUCUUCGAUUCUCAAUAAAAACGAAAUAAAAAACAAAAACAAAACAGAAAACAACAAUAAUGGCUGUAGACGCUUGGAUGAAUUUCAAAAAUAAACUAUACUAUAAGAAAAAAAAAA